UGGGCGGGACCGGCGCCCGGGGAGGAGGUUAAGUCUGUGCCUUCAGCCCGCCGGAGGAACGCAGGUCCCUGAUGUCCGGCUGUAGAGGGGCGGACUCGGGCUCUCCGGUCCCGGAGCUGAUCGAUGUCAACAGUAACCGUGCGUUGCGCUCGCUGGCAUGGACGGGCUCAUCGGCAGCCGGUCGCCGAGUGCCCGAGCUGCAAGAGCAAAUUAAUGCAAUGAAGCGGCAACUGGUCGAGAAGGAGGAGUUAAUUGCCACCCUGACUACUGGGAGGAGUCGGAGCCGACUGGAAACUCACAAGGGGACAUUUGACCCUUUGGUGGAAAUUCCUGUUUCACGUGAACAACUGAAUCACCAUCGGAUGGCUUCUGAAACAGCUCGCAGUGAGCUGGCUGCCUUGCAGGUCAAAUAUAAGAGCAGUCAAGCUGAGUUUACAGAUUCUUGCAUGAAGCUUGCAUCCCAAGAGGGCUAUAUCCAGGAACUAAAGGCAGAAAUUGAAAGCUACAAGGCAGGCAACACAAGGCAGGCAUCUCUUAUUGGUGGCCUGAGGGAAAGGAUCCUGGAAUCCGAGGAGGAGGCUGGAGCACUUCUCAUAUCAAAGACUCAAAUGGAAAUAACUCUGCAGGGUUUACAGAAUGAGAACAGGGAUCUACAACAGAAGAAUACAGAGUUAGAGAACAAACUCAGAAAAAUAUUAACCGAGCAAGAUGAGGUCAGGCAACAAGGUAUCAGAAGAGUGAAACAGUAUGAUGAAUUUUUGGUGAAGCUCACCCGUGCCAUUAAUAUGGAUUGUGGAGGAGCAGAUCUGGAUUUCCUUGUGUCACAGAUCGGAGCAUUGUACCAGGAAAACACCAGGAAAAGUUCCCAGAUUAUGAGCCUUGAGGAGACUAUUAGUGCCCAUGACAUGGAGUCGAAGGCUAGCCGGGAAACCAUCAUGAGACUUGUGUCCGAGUUGGGGAGGGAGCAGAAAACUGUAGCCUCUUACGUGCAGGAAUUGGAGACCCUUCGUAAGGAAUUAGACAACACCAGGAAUGACAGGCAGCACGUUGAAAGAGGAAACAGGAUCCUGCAGGACAGGCUGGAUGCAACCCAGCGAGCUUGUGAAUCUUCGAAGUUGGAGAUAGGAAGGUGGGAGCAACGUUGCAAGGAUCUGGAUGGAAGUUUGCUGACCAGUGUGUCCGAUGCCAAAGCAGUUAAAGGUCAUUUAGAGGCAUUCAAACAUCAGCUGGCAUCUCUGCUCAGCAAAACAAAUAUAAUGGUUCAGCCCACCGAGGAAGCUAUCUGCGAAAGAAUCCGUGAAAUUUGCAAUAGUGAAGAAGUUAAGAGGAAAGCUGCAUCACAGCUGGAAGAGAAUGCCCGCAAGCUAACGGAGCAGCUGGAGAAGCAAGUGGACCUACACCAAGCUGCGGUGCAGCGCUCCACCAGGGCAGAGCAAAGGCUCUCGGAGCUCCAGGAACAAGUUCGGUACCUGGAGGGGUGCCUGCUGGAUAGGGACGUGCUUCGUGAUGCUCUGAGCCAGGACAAGCAGAAAUAUCUGAAAUUUUUGGAGCAAAUAGCAGAGAAAAUGAAGCUGGAUCAGAUGACAUCAGAGGUUGGCUUCGAUAUGCAGCUAGAUGCAAUUCUUGCCCGAGCUGAUCAGCUGGUUAAAAUGGAGAGUGAGGCCAUUGUUGAAAACAAGACUCUGACAUACAGCCUGCGAAGAAAGCUUAAGGCACAGAAAGAGAAGUUAGAGAGCAAAGACCUGCACAUGGAUCUGCUGAGGAGAAAAAUUACCCAGAUGGAUGCAGAGAAACAGACCCAAACUGCACUGGCAGUGGAAAGGGAUGAAGCCAACCUUACUGUGCGAAAACUGCAGAAAAAGGUGGAACGCCUUGAGAAGGAGCUGCAUUCAGCACACUCCUACUGCAUGGAUCUGAAAGCAAAGCUGUCUGACACUCAUGAGCUCAAGAUUAAAACGCUGGAGCAAAACAAAACAAUAGAGGAGCUGAAUAAAUCUGUGAAGAAGCUGGAAAAAUUAAAGCAGGAGGCCACAGCAAAGCUAAACAGCACGAAGUCAGAGCUGGAUUUCACUGAGUUUGAGGCAAAGGAGGAGAAAGAUCGAGCCCGGAACAUAUUGGAGGCUGUUAGCAGUGAGCUUAAGACUCUAAAACAAACCCUGGAAGAAGUGGCCAAAAGAGAGAGACAGCUGGUGAAUUUCAGAGAUGUUGUCUCACGGAUACUGGGCCUGAAUGUUAAAGCUCUUGCACUUCCUGACUAUGAAAUAAUAAAAAGGCUUGAGAGGCUGGCCCAAGCUCACCAUUCUUCAGCCAUGACUGCACUGUGCCUUGAGAAUUCGAUGGAUAAGCUAAAUCAGGGCUACGUAGCAGGAUGUGAGGCGAGGCAAAGAUUGGCCGCCAGUCUGAAUCAUCCAGGCCCCAAGGCAGUGACAGCAUUGCCAUCAAGAAGACUGAAGAGUGCCUCAUCGUGAGAAGUUUUCUGGACCUGAGUUAUUAUCAGCAAUGCAAUGAUAGUGUGCAGCGUCUGAAUCACAUCCAUGGUGACUACUUCAAAAUAUUGCCACCUUUCUGGAUCACUCUGUUUUUGUGAUGACCUUCCAAUCAGAAACUAACUGAGGUACUGCUGUUGGUGGUAUUCGGAAGGUUGUGGGUUCAAGCCUCACUCCAGAGACUUGAGCACAUCAUCUAGUGAUGCUCCCAGUGUGAAGUGUUGGAGUUUCCUUCUGUCUAAUGAGAUGUUAAAUUAUUGAACUGUUUGCUCUCCACACACGACAAGGUUGUUCACUAUUACUCUGAAGAAGGGUGGGUUUGUUUUCCUGACCAAUAUCUAUCCCUCAACUAGAUCACUCAAACUGUUUUACCUCUUUUUGUUUGGAAACUUUGUUCUGUGAAAAUUUGCUGUCAGUAGUCAGUGAGUGCCUUUCAAAAGAUUUCCUUUGAAGCAUGAGGUUCUGAAAGGGGGCAUUUAAAUUCAGUUUCAUCCUUGUCUUUCUGCGGGUUGUGUCCUUCUGCUCAGCCUUGUAGAGGCUGAGCAGAAAUGAGAACGAGGAAGGUGGGAGGCAGGUGUGGAAGGAAACAGUUCUCUAGGCAGAGAGGCAGCUGGGUGAGAAGAAUCCAAGGAUUUCUGAAGAUCCACACCAUUAUAGCUGAGGGAGCAGCCAUUUCAUUGUUACAAAGGUAAACAUAUCCUGGAGAACCUUCUUGGUCAUUAGUCAGUGUGAUUCCAGCCUAGUGGGGAAGGAGGCAUUUCUGGGCGUGUUCCUGAGGAAGGAGGCAGGCCAAGCAGAGCAGGUAUCAGUGGGGGAAACAUCACAGAACAUUUAAGAUAUGCUCAGGAAACAGCAGUCGUACCAUCAUAAGGUUUAGAAUGGCUAUGGAUCUCUCUAAGGUAAAAAUUGCCAGUUGGAGAAGGACCAGUUUCAGUGGGAUGAGAACAGAUCUGGCCUGGGUAAACUGGAUCAUUCUUUGCCAGGCAAAACUGUAAUUUAAAGCAGAGAUGUUUCCACUGCAGUCUAGAUACAUUUCUGUGAAGUGGAAGGGCAGGGAAAUGAAAGCCUGGAUCACUAAAAAAUAUAGAGAGCUAAAUAGAGCAAUAAAAAGGGGGUAUGACAAAUGUUAGGUAAAUAACACAGGUGAGAACCAGGCUGUUUGUAGGAAAUUCAGAGGAAAAAAUGGGGAAGAAAAGGAAGUGGGGAGGUUAAAGAGAGAACGUGAGGGAGAAAAGUGUGGUGAGAAGUAUAAAAGGGGAUCCGAAAAUAUUCGAUAGGCAUGUGAACAGUAAAAGCAAAGUAAGAAGAGAGGCUGAAUAGAGCCCAAUAGGAAAUCUCCUCAUGGGGGCAGAGGGAAGGGCAAAAGUAUUAAAUGAGUAUUUUACAUUGGUCUUCACCAAAAAAGAUGCUGCUGGAGUCUCAGCAAAGGAAGGUGUAGUUGAGAUUCUAGAUGGGCUAAAAUUGAUGAAAAGUUACCAGAAAGGUUACCUGAUCUUAAAGUGGAUAAGUCACCCGGUCCAGAUAGCUGAGGGAAUUAAGGGAGAAAAUUGCAGAGGCCCUGGCCAUAAUCAUCCAAAUAUCUAUAGUUACAGGGGAGAUGCCCAAAAACUGGAAAAUUGCAAAUAUUACACCCAUGUUCAAAACAGGGUGUCAGGUUAAACCCAGCAACUGCAGUUUAACUUCAGUGACAGGGAAAGUUCUAUAAACCAUGGUCAGGGACAGAAUUCUCCCCAUGAUCACGUGGGUUUCCUCCCACAUCUCAAAGACAUGCUGGUAGGUUAAUUGGAGACUGUAAAUUACUACUUAAAGUUAGGUCAGUGGUAAAAAGAAGCAAAGGGGCAUUGAUGGGCACCUGAGAGAGAUUAAGUUGCAGGGCUACAGGGGAAUAAGAAGAGGAGGAAUGGUGAAUUACAGGGAAGGUAAUAAACUUCAAACAGAUUGGGGCAGGUUGGUGGAAUGGGCAGGUAGGUGGCAGGUGAAAUUAAAUGCAGAACAAUUUGAAGUGUUACAUUUUGGUUGGACAAACAAGGAAGGGAAAUAUAUAGCAGAGAACACAAUUUUAAUAUGGUUACAGGAAUGCAGAGACUUGUGAAUAUAUGUGUAUAGAUCAUUGAAAGUGGCAGGGAAGGUCGAGAAAGUGAAUUAAAAUGUACACAAAAUCCUGGGCUUUAUAAAUAAAGGGAUAGAUUGCAUGGACCUUUAUAAACACCUCAAAUGGAAUAUUAUUUCCCAUUCUGGAUGCCAUACUUGGGAAAGAUGUGAAGGACUUGGAGAGGAUGCAGAAGAGAUUUACUGGAUUGAUUCCCAUCCCCUUUCCCUGAUAUUCCCUCCCUACACCUCUCCACCCUGGUCAGCGGGUUGGCUCUCUGCCCUCCUGGCUUCAGUGUCAACCCAGAGGAUGACGUGGUCUUCAUUGGGCUUUCCUUCUGGCUGUAGCUCUGCCCUCUGGCCUCACGUGCCAUUUAACUGGCCAUAGUGUGACCAGAACAAAUGCUGGUGAGAAACUCAUUGAAAUAACAAGGGAAAAGAAUGAAGAAGAGAAGCAGAGCCAUAUGUGUCUCAAGUGCCACUGAAAAUUACCCAUUGAACAAUUAAUCCAGACAUUUAGACCUGCUUCACUAUAAUGUUUGCAGCAGGGAAACCCAACUUUUGUGCCUGCAUGGAUUCUUUGAAGGAAAAUUAUAUCUACUAAGAUUUUCGAUGAAUAACAGAAAAUCAUUGAGGGAAAUGUAUUGAUGUGAUGCAUAUGGACUUUGGAAAGGCAUUUGAUAAAGUGCUGCAAAAGAAUUGGAAUUGGUAUAUUAUUGUCACGUGUACCGAGAUACAGUGAAAAGCUUUUGUUUGCAUGUCAUCCAGGCAGAUCAUUCCAUACAUGAGUAUAUUGAGGUAGUACUGAAUGAAAAUGGAACGCAAAAUUUAGUUUUAUAGUUACAGAGAAAGUGCACUCCAGGUAGACAAAUAAAGUGCAAGGGCGAUAACGAGGUAGAUUGGGAAAUCAACAAUUCAUUUUUUAUUGCAUAAGAGGUCUGUUUAAGAGUCUGAUAACAGCGGGAUAGAAUCUGUCCUGGAGUCUGGUGGUACGUGCUCUCAA